GCGAGACGGCCAAGAAACCGGAGUUGCUUCCAAGGCGACCUUGCUACUUGCUAGCAACCCUCCGCCAAGAACCCACCACAAGAUAACGCAGCUCACAAGCCACCCCACGAGAACGAGAGAGACAGAGAGAGAGAGGGGCAGCGAAGCAGAGGGGAAGGGAAGGGGAGCUAGGAGCCAGCCAUGGAGGAGCCGGCCUCGGCUGAUCCCCCGCGGAUUUUCUGGAAGUCGAGGAGGAGACCAGCAUCAGCCAAUGGCCGGAGCUUGCAACAAGAACUUAACAAAGAGGAUGCUGAUGAUCAAGCGAACAAUCAGGCCCAAGAAGAGGCCAUGAAAAUAGAUGAUACAGAUGCAGUAAGUACUGAUGUUCAUCAAGAACCAAAAGCUAACUUAUCUGAGAAGCGGAAGGCAUUGUUUGAGCCUUUGGAGCCAAUCAACGGCAAGCGCAGUUCUUCUGAAAUGUUGCUCCCACCACCAGACUUUGAGCCUGCAUCAUAUCCCAAGGGAUGGCUGGUUGGCAAGAAACGCAAGCUUGUGAAUGUUGAUGUGGUGGAAAGCAUGAGGAGGAUAGCAAUCCAAGAAAUGAACAGAAAGGACCGUGAGAUCACUGGCCUGAAUGAACAGCUGGAAGAAGACUCCCGAGUGCUUGAGCUUCUGCAGAAGCAGCUCGCAGAUGAGCGCAAGAAGCGAGCAGAGAUAGAGAAGGAGAAUUCCAUGCUUCAUGAGCAGGUAUCCAUGCUAAUGAAUAUAAUUGAUGAAAAUGAAGCCUUCGACGAGGAAGGAGAAGUGCCACCACCUGAUUCUUUAUAGGCUUUUAGAGUAUUUUACAAGUUCUAUACAUCUUUGGAUACCGGUUUCAAAGUAUCCCAGAUGUUUUAUCUUGGGCAGAAUUUCAUUUAUCUUAUUUUCUUUAUGGCUUUUGUAGAUGAAUGGGUUAUGUUUGUUGUACCCCUGUACCUAUUUGUUUCUAGACUGCAAAUGUAUUGAGAUACUUGUAAAAUAUUUUAUUUGAAUACAAGUGUGUGUACAUUUUAUAAGACUUUUUUCAAUGGC